AUGUUUUUGAAUGAUUCUGCUAACUUUUCGGAAAGUGAAAAUGAACCUCAUUCGGCCUUUUCACAGACUGAACACAACAUAGUUGCAGCUUAUUUGAUAACAGCAGGUAUGAAUGUUGAUGGAAUUUGUGGCAGGGGGAUGACAAACCAGGAUUUAAGACUUGGAAUAGAGGCAUUCUGUGUUGUGCAAGUGAAAAAAAAAGCUGUUAAUUGAUUUUUGUCCAGCGUUUUCUAAAGAUAGGUAAGAUUUAGAACAAUCAAAUGUGAAAUGAUAAAACUAUGAUCUUAAACAAGUAUUGAACAUGCACAUUAAGGGUGCAAUUCCCUAUAUGCAUAUAUGUGGAGUGGAUAUGACUCAGAUGGCACAUGUUAACUUGCAAAAGAAAUGUAAUUUAUUUAGAUUUGCAAAAUGAUGUGUUUGUCACUGUUUUGGGAGCCAUUUAUCAUAAAGAUAGAAGGUUGGACCUGGACGUAGUCUUGCUUAGAGUAGGCUAACUGAAAUCAUGGCUAACUUUAAGUCCCAAUGGCCUCUGUUUGUCUACUGAACAUUAAUGGCUUUGUCUCCAACCCGUAGCUUUGAGGAAUAAAAAGUAUGCAGGUUUAUUGGCUCUCAGCCCUAUGUUUACUUCUCCAUAUGAAGUUCUUUGUUUGUUAGUUCUAGGCUGGAAUGGUCUGAGAGCACAGAGAGUUCACCAUUUUGCAUUCCUCUCUGCCUUGUUCUUGGUUUUGGGGUCCUCUGCUGCAGCCACAAGUGGCAGCCAGUGAAUGAUUAAACAAUACAGCCUCAAAACUAUCCUCAAGAAGCAAGUGGCUUGUUAUUUCAACAGCUCUAACUCCAUUUCCCAUAGCAGUGGUUAUGGAAUAUAUUUUAAAAACAACAUUGUGCAUGGAUUGGCCAUAAUUGAUUUCCACCUAAUAUAAUCUUAUGUACAUUUUAUGGGAGAUGUUGGAAUUGCUUGUGAGGGAAAAGCUCCAACUAUAGGUCCUUGUUUCAGCUAUAUGUUUUGUUGAAGACUUGUAUCUAUAUUGGAUACUCAGAAAUAACAUUUGUUCCCUAGAUGUGCUUUAGGUCAGUAAAGGAGGUGGCCAGUGUGAGCAAGAAUUCUUUUUAAAGAUUGAGUAGCUUAUUAUUACAUGUACAACAAGCAUUGUCAUGCGUUUUGCUUCUAAAGGAGCCUGUUGCAUAGUCUCAAAAAGGCUAGAGCAUCUCUAUUUUGGCUGAAGCAGUGGCUGUACUGGGAGAGCUGGAGAGCUAUUUUAUGCAGCAAAGCAACGGAGGUGGUCAUAGAUGCAAAGGCUGCCUCCUGUCAUCAAUAUAAGAUUCCACAUUCUGUGAGUAGGUGGUGGUUUUACUAUAGGUCGAGUAUAUUGCAUUAACUUUUUUCAAUUAAAUAAUUUUUUAGAAAAGUUUUUUAAAAAUUCAAAUUCUUACAGUGCUAUAUUUUUAAUGGAUGCUUUUCAUUGUAGCAGUUUGAUCAUAAAUGCUUCGACCUAUUUUGCUUAAAGAUGUCACUCUCGGCCAGUCUUAUCACGAUAAAUUGAGUCACAGUUUUCUUACAGGCAAAUCUUUUCCUUCUAAGGGAAGACUCACUGAGCAGUAUAGUCAAUGUGACAGCGUAUAACAAAUGCAAUACCAUCUGAGAGUUAAUCUUACUGCCAGAGUGCUCAAAUUUUAGUCACUAUUACUUUUAUAUUCACAAACUGAACACACGACAAAAUUCUACAACUUUUCUGUUUAAAUGCACUUUUUGCAAUAGGAAUGCUGAACAUGUUCUGUUAUCUUCUGGGCUUGUGUCUUAUGUUACUUUGUGUAGGAGGAGAAAAUAUAUAGACACACUGAGUACCCACUGAUGGUCUGACACCUUAUAAUAAACAGUAGCGUAUAUGCUGAUGAAGAAGUAAUGUUUUAUUGUUGCUCUAUUUGCUUCAGACUGUAUUGCCUUAGACGAAAAAGCUUCAAAGAAAGCAAGGAGCUGUUUUCUGAAGUGCAACUCCUUGUUGAUGCAAAUUAGAUGUCACCAACCUUUUUGGACCUGUGGGCACAUAGUGAUGCUUUGUUGAUUCUUACUGCUGAAAAUAGGGCUUGAUGAUCAUAGAAUUGUAGAGAUGGAAGGGGCCUAAGAGUCAUCUAGUCCAACCCCUGCAGAAAUCUUUUUGCCCUACAUAGGGCUCAAACCCAUGACCCUGUGAUCAAGAGUCUCAUGCUCUACCGACUGAGCUUUCCCACUGAUGAACUUGUUAAACUCUUUGAUUGUGUUCCUAAAGGGUAUAGAUUCAGUGAUGGGAUGGUUCCUGCUUAUUGAUUUGUACACAGGACCAUGAUUUAUUUUGACUGCUUUGGAUAAGCUGCAGGAUCCAAAUGCUUUUUAAAGGCAGCCCUAUAUAGAACAUACUACAGUAAUCCAGUCUUGAGGAAAGCAGGACAUAUGUUGGGUACAAUAUUGCUGAAUGCAUGAAUAAUUCUGAGUUGGAAAGGGUUGAGGUAAAGAAAACUAUCCAUUCAUUUUCAAAACAAACAAGAGCUUUGUAUAAAAGCAUGCAACACAACAUUAUAAGACUAUAUUAACAUUAGCAUACAUUUCCAAGUUUUAUAGAAAUGUUAAAAAAAACAAUGCCUUGCUGAGUUAUGGAUACCCUUAAUAAAUUAGCCGUAAUAGAGUUUUUGGUUUUUUUCCAGAAUGCCAAUGUUAAUUAUUUGCUAUUGUUUAGUUUCCCUUUUUGGUCUUUUAACAGGAGUCGUAAGUCUUCUGAGUAACAUAGUGGUCCUAGGCAUCUUUGUUAAGUAUAAGGAACUUCGAACAGCAACCAAUGCCAUUAUUAUUAACCUGGCUUUCACUGACAUCGGAGUGAGUGGGAUUGGCUACCCCAUGUCUGCAGCUUCAGAUCUGCAUGGAAGCUGGAAAUUUGGCUAUGCAGGCUGCCAGGUACUUGGAAGUUAGAAAUUAAAGACCAAAGCGUGUUUGUGUUUAUCCCUGUUCCAGCUGAAGUGCACUUAAGGCCUUUGGUUGAUCUGAUUGACAUCCUAUGCCCUUUUAAAAUGUGGGGUUUUGGGGGGAGGGGGUGACUGGGUUGUUUUUUCGAUUAUAUAUUUGGUGGUUUUAUAUUUUUAUUUUGUUCUGUGAAUCGCCCUGAGACCUCCAGGUAUAAGAGGGCAGUAUUGAUUGAUUGAUUUGAAUGCAUGUAAACAAGUGAGAUGCAUCUAGGUCAUUCCUACAAUUGUUCAUGUUCCAUUCUGAGCACAAACAGUGAUGCAGUCCUAACAGCCACGCCAUAUGUUACAGCAGAGGCACAGUUAUUAUGGAAUAGGACAUCCCUAUUCUCAAUGGAAAAAUGUUGGAGGGUAUGCAUGCGCCCAAAGAGUGAAUAGCUGAUAAAAUAGGCUCUAGAGAAUUUAGUGAACAAAAGUUUAUGUCACAAUAAAUCUGUUAGCUUUUCAGAUAGCACAAAGCUGUUUGGUAUCUGCUACCCACAGAGCCUAGGACUUGCCGAUCAGAAGGUUGGCGGUUCGAAUCCCCACGACGGGGUGAGCUCCCAUUGCUUGGUCCCUGCUCCUGCCAACCUAGCAGUUCGAAAGCACGUCAAAGUGCAAGUAGUUACGUAAAUAGGUACCGCUCUGGCAGGAAGGUAAACGGCGUUUCCGUGCGCUGCUCUGGUUCGCCAGAAGUGGCUUAGUCAUGCUAAGUUAGGGGUCCCUUUACCUUUACCCCUCUGCAAGCUGGAAAUGAGGCAUUUCAGAAUUGUAAAUUAAAACACAUACUAAAUUGGGCUUGCCACUAGAUGGCUGCCUAGAGUAGAACGUCUGACUCCUAGCACUGUCUAGCUAUUCAUAACAUUUUUCAGCUGUGAAAACUAUUAGGGGCGACAAAUGGGCAGAAGACCUGGUGGAUAAGGGACCCAGCACAGGGGCAAAACACUUCACUUGCCACAGGCCCCACAGUGCCUCCAGCUAAAAGGAUCAGGGAGUAGGUGAAAAUAAAGAACUCUGUUGGAGAGCUACUGCCAGCUGGAACAGGAAACAGAGCUUGAGAUGAUGCCUUAGGCCAGAGGUUUUCAAACUUUUUGAGUCCACAGCUCCCUUGACCAAAUAUGUUCUUUCUGUAGCACCCCUGUGGAGCUCAGGAGCCCAGUUAUGUCACCCCUUGCCUGCCGAACUGGCAGCCUCUCAUCCUUUUUCAAACACCCUCCCUUAUGGAGUGUUCCCUCAGCCUCCUCUCCUCUCCCAUCUCCUUGGGAGUCCUCCAGGCAGCCAUUGCAGCCCCCGCCCCCCAUCUCUGAAGCUCCUUAGCUCCUGGCAACCAGCAUCCCCUGGCCAGCCACAGAGGCACCAAUUGUCUGGGGAGCUUGUAACCAAGGCUGCUGCAACAAACAGCUGUGCAAGCCUUUGGGAGGCAGAGACGCAAGAGGGCAACAGAGGAGGGAAGGAAGGAAGGAAGGAAGGAAGGAAGGAAGGAAGGAAGGAAGGAAAAGAGGCCAGUGUUGCCUGUGGCACACUAGUUGUAGACCCACUGAGGCUGUGAAAUAUACUUGGAGUCGAGUGUGGAUUUCAUGCUCUUUAUUCAGGUCAUAGUAGUGAGGAAUGAAAGUUUCCCCAAAAUAUCUGCUUUAUAUACAUUAUUUACACAAUGGGUCACACGUGAUUGGCUAAUUCUGGGAUUCUCCUGUAGGCCAAUCAGGUUGCGGAUUCACUUCCACCUGAAGCUGGAUUGGGUGGCUCCUGUGGACCAAUCAUACUGCUGCAUUGUUCUAGGACCAAUCAGACUGCUGCAUUCUGAAUCCUAUUGUUCUUGGACCAAUCAGACUGCUGCUUUUUUGGAUCCUAUUCAACUCAGUACAUAACAGGCUGAGUCAGACCAGUAUUCUUCUCAGUAUUAUCUAUGCUGGAAUUGUAACAGAGAAAUGUCAGAUUAGUAAAAAUAUAUAGAGGAAAUGGCAAUUCAUUUACCAGAAAAAAUAAAACAGCAAAAAAAGUAUAUAGAUAGCACCAUCCACCUAUAAAAAGUCACAGAAUAAAUCUUCAACCUAGUCUACUGUGUUGGAGAGGAUGUCGGCAAAUGGGGGCUUAUCUCAAUAUGUGGUGGAGCUGCAAGAAGGUUCAAUCCUUUGGGGAACUAAUUAUGAAUGAAGUAUAUGUUCUUACAGGUCAAACAGUACCCUUUGGUCCCCAAAUAGCAUGGUUCAGCUUGUUUGCUGAUGAUUUAAAAGAUCUAAUGUAGACACUGGAAACUUGUUUGGAAAGUGUAUGGAACAUUUCCCUUAUGGAAAAGUUAUCAAAGCAACUUAAAUCUCUAAAAAACAUGAGACCCAAAUACAAUUUUUGAGGAAAUUAUGUGUAUUAUAUGUUUAUGGCUCUCUCUGGAACAACUUGUUAAGAUAUGAACAGAUAACAAUGCUCAGCUAGCCAAAAUCCAACACGGGAACUUCAGUGUUACAUUUUUUUAAGCUAAACUUGAUAUUAUUUGGGGUUGAUAUACGCAACAAUGCAUAAUAACUGCAAAAAUAACAGCAACAAGGAUCAGAGUUCAAAACCUUUGAAAACAAUGACGAUUAUUCCUUGAAAAUGAUUAUAUAAUCUCUCCAAUUUCAGAUCUAUGCUGCUUUAAAUAUCUUUUUCGGAAUGGCAAGUAUUGGUUUGCUUACUGUUGUUGCAAUUGACCGUUACCUGACAAUCUGCAAGCCACAUAUAGGUAUGUUAUAUUCUUGCACAAACAAAUAUAUAGUCUGUUGCAACUACUGUAUAAAACACAGUAUAGGUUUAGGUUAUAUUUUAUUGCCUAAACUCAUGAACUGUUUUUUUCAUGUAGACUUUUUGUUAUAGAUGCUUGAGUUGAUUGUCGCUUACACACAGCAGGACCAGUUGAGCAAAUAAAUGCUACAGAGUUUUGCCAUUUAAAGCACCAGCAGUUCUGUUUGCUUUCUUAGUGCUCUUUGGAAACUUUGUUAUCCACACAGAGUUAACCAAGUCAUAUUUUAAUAAGGUUUAUGAGAUCCGGCACUUGAAAAAUUGAAAGGGGUGAAGACGAAAGCAGACAAUCUUGGUGACCAGUUUGCAUGGGGGGGGGGGUGUAGAGGGAGAUUCAACUGUCAUAAAACAAUAUAUAGGUAGGUAGCCAUGUUGGUCUGCUGUAGUCGAAACAAAAUUAAAUAAAUCCUUCCAAUAAAUCCUUAGAGACCAACUAAGUUUGUUGUUGGGAUGAACUUUCAUGUGCAUGCACACUAUGUGUGUGUCUGAAGAAGUGUGCAUGCACACGGAAGCUCAUACCAAUAACAAACUUAGUUGGUCUCUAAGGUGCUACUGGAAGGAUUUUUAAAAAUUUUGUUUUGUCAUAAAACAACAUAGGCUGCAGUGCAGCCACAAGGCUCAGAGCGCUGAUAAUCUAGGAGCAGGGGAAAUAAACGAUGGUUUUGUGGGCAAAAGCACUAUUUUAAUAUUUUACUUACAUAUCUUGCAUUGGAGAUCCAGCACUGAGCAAGUUGGAAUAGAUUACCUUUCAGUGUCUACUAACUCUAAAAUCCUAUGAUUAGGCACACAAUGAAGCUACCUUGCUGAACCUAAUCCUAUGCAUGCUGCCCUGAAUUCCAUCAUGGGGAAAAGGUGUGAUACAAAUGAAAAUAAAGUACAGGGGUAAUCCUGUUAGUGGAAGGUUCAUGGUAGGUGUGGGGAACCUGUGACUCUCCAAAUGCUGCUGGAGUGCAUCACCCAUCAUCCCUGAACAUUGGCCAUUCAGGCUGGGGCAGAUGGGACUUAUCAGACCAACAGCAUAUUGUGGGCGGUGAUAGGUUCCCUACACCUGGUUUUGGGGAAUGGUGUUUUGUCAUCUCUUGUCUUUUGGGGGCCACCUUUUGAUUGUAAAAAGUGUGUUGAUGGAGGGGAAAAUAAAUGCUUCCAUUUCAUUAACUAUAUGAAGCCAAUAUAUAAUUUGGGUAUUAAUAUGUCUGAGGGCUUUCUUAUGUAGAUCUACAAUAAGUAUAGAUUGAUUUUGUUUAUACAGUUUUGUUAUCAUUCAAACACCGUGUUUACUUCAGUGUAAAAUGUUAUAAGUGACCAGGGAGAAUAAACAGAGGUAUCACUGUUUUGUCUCCAUAGGUAGUAGACUUACUGCUAACAACUACACAGUUCUGAUUCUUGCUGCCUGGAUCAAUGCAGUCUUUUGGGCCUCAAUGCCGAUUGUGGGCUGGGCAAGCUAUGCCCCAGAUCCAACUGGAGCUACCUGUACAGUGAACUGGAGGAAAAACGAUGCGUAUGUUUUGACUUGUCGGGCAGUAUGUGUGUGUGUUUGUUCGUAAAUUUGUACUGGGCUUGUGUCAGUGCAGCCUUACCAUAAAAAGUGGCAAAUAUUGAGAUGUUGGUGGGGAGGAAAGAGCUUCUAAAGAGGGCAAGAAAGGUUUCCAAACUAUGUUUUCUCCUCCAAGAGUAUAAAACAUGGGGGUUUUUUUAAUAUAUUGUAUUGAUUUUAUAUUUAAAUUAUUUUUUAUUAUUUCUCUUUAUAGGUUUUUUAUUUUAUUAAAAAGCCAUAUUUAAAGUCUUCAUAGUGCACUGUGAAUUGAUUGGAGCUAGAGACUCAAGAGAGUCUGACUCCCUAACUGUUGACAAGUAAACAAACCCUUGUGGGCAGUUGUGAAGGUCACAAUCCUUUUUUAUAUUUACUCAGAAGCAAGUGCUAUUGGGUUCAAUGGGAAAUACUCCCUAUUAAGUGGGUAAUAGGCUGUGUGUCUAAACUCAGCCAAAAUGGAGCCAUUAUUGAUGGGUACAGUAUAAAAAAAACACUUUUAGAACAUGUUGCACUGUACAUAAAAUGUUUCACUCUAAUCUUACAGUUAAACCAGGAUGAAAGGUGGUGUUUUCUAGUUAUCAUCUUUGUUUUUCCCCCCCACUUUCAGAUCCUUUGUUUCUUUCACGAUGUCUGUGAUUGCCGUUAACUUUGUCAUCCCGCUAUCGGUCAUGUUUUACUGUUACUUCAAUGUUUCGCGAACUAUGAAGCGGUACGCCAGAAGCAGUUGCCUGGAGAGCAUCAACAUAGAUUGGUCUGAUCAAGUAGAUGUAACAAAGGUAUGGUCAUUCUGGCAGAGCUCCCUUUUCUGUUUCAGUGGGGAGGAAAUCAGUUUAUUUUUCACACUGAGGUGCUGAAACAGAUCAUAAGAUGCUGCCUUAGACUGGAUCAGACUAUAGGUCCAUCAAGUUCAUUGGGUUGAUUGGUUGUGGUUCCCCAGGGUUUUAGAAAGGGGGCUUCCCAGCCAUACUAGAAGAUGCUGUGGAUUGAACUUGGGACAUUCUGCAUGAAAAGCCGUUGCUCUACCACGGAGCUACAUAUGUUCAUGCCAAACACAAAUAUGAUAUACUAGGGCACUGUUACCCAAACUUGGGUCUCCUGCUGCUUUGGGACUUCAAUUCCCACCAUCCCUGACCACUGGUCUUGCUAGUUAGAGAUGAUAGUAGUCAAAAAACACUGCACUAGGGGUUGCCGCCCCUGCUCAUGUCACUUGACAACUCCGCCACCCCUCGCCAUCCACCUUGCCAAACCAAAUUCCUUCCUUUACACCUCACAAAACCAAAUAUCUUCACGGCUCCUUCAAGCCUCCCUCCUCCCACAUCCUCACAUCUCCUCUGUGUCUCUCCAUCCCUACUUUAUUCCAACCUUAGAUGGGCUUGUAACAAAAAACGGGGACUGGACAGAAUGAAGGUCUGAGGUAACGAUCAAAGAGAUGCUAGAACAGAACUGAAAAUAUUUUGGGACAUCACACUUUGUUCAUUUUCCUUUACAGAUGUCCGUUGUCAUGAUUUUAAUGUUCCUGGUGGCGUGGUCACCAUAUUCUAUCGUGUGUUUAUGGUCUUCAUUUGGGGAUCCCAGGAAAAUUUCUCCUGCCAUGGCAAUUAUAGCACCAUUGUUUGCCAAGUCCUCCACAUUCUAUAAUCCCUGUAUUUAUGUCAUCGCGAACAAAAAGUAAGUGGUUCACUUCUACCACAACUUAAGAGGUGGAGAUUCUGUGGGGAGAGAAUGUGUUAUAAAUGUGAGAGUUCCAGUGUGAUGCAGUGGUUAGACUGCUAGACUUGGACGGUGAAGCUCGUGGGUGGCUUUGAGCCAUUCACUUCUUGGAGGUGGAAUUAUUGGAAUUUGAGGGAUUGGCACUGAAUUCAUGCAUCCAACACUGAAAGGAUUUCUCCCUCUUUCAGGUUUCGAAGGGCCAUCUUUGCGAUGGUCAGAUGUCAAACACGGCAGGAGAUCACAAUCAACCAUGUCUUCUUGCCAAUGAGCGCAUCUCAAAGCACAAUUACCUAA